AUGACUUGUACAAGACUAGAUAUUGCAUAUGUUGUUGGGAAAUUGAAUAGGUACACAAGUAAUCCAAGUAGUUUGCAUUGGCAAGCUUUGAAUAGAGUACUUAGGUACUUAAAGAAAACUAUUAACUAUGGAUUGUGUUAUAAUGGAUAUCCUCCAGUUUUAGAAGGGUAUUCAGAUGCUAGUUGGAUUACAAGUUUGGAAGAUCAUGCAUCUACUAGUGGAUGGAUCUUUAUUCUUGGUGGAGGAGCCAUUUCUUGGGGUUCCAAGAAACAAACAUGUAUUACUGAUUCCACCAUGGCAGCAAAAUUUAUUGUAUUAGCCGCUGCAUUUAAAGAAGUAGAAUGGUUAAGAAAUUUGCUUUAUGAUGUACCUUUAUGGCCUAAGCCAAUUUCAUCAAUUUCUAUCUGUUGUGAUAGUGAGGCUACUCUAGCAAAGGCAUAUAGCCAAGUAUCAUCGAGGAAUCCGGUAGUGAUCGUGCUGGUGUGGAUUCACACCUGA